UCCGUCCAGCUGGUGGCGGUGUGAGAAGUUGGUUUGUCAACUUCGCAUUAACACCAACGAAGAAGAAGAAGCUAAUCCGUGCAGUUAGCAAGCCGACAAUAAAUAAAAAGAAAAACGUGCACGGUACCAACAUGUCAGCCGAUACCAAGAUUGCCGAGCUGCUCACAGAGCUCCAUCAGCUCAUCAAACAGACCCAGGAGGAGAGGUCACGCAGCGAACAUAAUCUGCUCAACAUUCAGAAAACACACGAGAGGAUGCAAACGGAAAACAAAACUUCCCCGUACUACCGGACCAAGCUGAGAGGACUGUACACAACAGCCAAAGCAGACGCUGAGGCAGAGUGCAGCAUCCUGCGUCACGCUCUGGAUAAAAUAGCAGAGAUCAAGUCUUUACUGGAGGAGAGGAGGAUAGCGGCUAAAAUGGCAGGCGUUUACAGCGACAGCGACCCUCCCAGGAAGACGAUGAGGCGCGGCGUCCUGAUGACACUCCUCCAGCAGUCGGCCAUGACGCUCCCUCUGUGGAUCGGGAAGCCGGGGGAGAGCCCCCCUCCUCUGUGCGGAGCGACUCCAGCCAGCAGCGACUACGUGGCCAAACAGGGAGACAAAGUGGCAGCGAGGGUGAAGGCCGUCGACGGAGACGAGCAGUGGAUCCUGGCUGAGGUGGUCAGCUACAACCAUUCCACCAACAAGUAUGAAGUGGAUGACAUCGAUGAAGAAGGAAAAGAGAGACACACUCUGAGCAGACGGAGGAUCAUCCCUCUGCCUCAGUGGAAGGCCAACCCAGAGACCGACCCGGAGGCCCUGUUCAGUAAGGACCAGCUGGUUCUGGCCCUCUACCCCCAGACCACCUGCUUCUACCGGGCCCUCAUCCACACGCCUCCACACCGGCCUCAGGACGACUACUCUGUGCUGUUCGAGGACACGUCGUACGCCGAUGGUUACUCUCCUCCGCUCAACGUGGCUCAGAGAUACGUGGUCGCCUGCAAAGAGAACAAGAAGAAGUAACGAAGAAGACGUCUGAAAGUGCUCCCAUUUCCUUUUUUUUUGUUGUAUGAAAACGUGUCUCCAAUUAAACUCUCAGGUUUUGAGUUUCAAAUCAUUUGGAGCAGCUUCUGGUUCCACUGAUUGACCGUGGAAGGAUAGAAUCUUCUAAUGCUGUGUUCACUCCAAACGUGAAUGACACGAACGAUGCAGUGCAAAACGAAAACACGCCUCAUUUGCACAUGAACGCAACUUGAACUCGGGCGAGAAAUGAUUGUAAGUGUAUAUUUUGAGUGUUGAUGGAGCAGCUACAAUGUUAGCAUAGCCUAGCAUCAAUCGGUCCAAACUCCAUCCAGAAAACAAGUAUUUUAAAAGUUGUUUGCUUGUCGUCUUGAGGAGAGAACAAAAAAAUCAUGAAUUAAGACUUUUUUACAAAUCAGCAUCAUAAUGUUAUUUCUGCAUCUUUUUUUUAUCUGUUUAUAACAUUUAAAUCACAGCAGAAUAGUUCAUUUUGGGUUCAUACAGCUGUAGUAAACCAGCAGACGUGUGGCUUGCUGGAUACAGUGAAUACUCCUCCAGAUGAUGUUAUGAACCCAGACAAGACGAGUUUAUUUCCCGGAUAUGUGGGACUUCCACAAAACGUACAAAAGAGUACUAAUGGUUAUUUCUUCCAUAGUUGAUUCUAAAUGGCUUAGUUGAUAACAGUUUCCAUUGAGACAAGCCACUCCCCCUCUCCGGCGCGUCUAGUAAAAACUGUCAACGCUGAACUGAGGUGUGAGACAGCAGUCAGUGAAGUGAGUAGAAGCUGUGUCCCAAAUCCAUAGGACAUACUGAGUCUGUGGAGCGUUCACUGACCAAGUCAAUCAUUGAAAAACACUAGAAACAGUCCGUAUUUUAAACUAAAACACUUCUGAUUCUUUACUGUUGCUGUUCACUAUCAUCACACAAAGUAGAUGUAAAAGUAAAAAAGAUGAAACAUUUUCUGUCUUUUUAUAAACUUUUAUUACAUCACGUUUUGAUGUUUUUUUGCACGCUGCAUGUAAACGGCUUUGCAUGUUGAUUUCUUGUGCUGCAGAAACAGUUUAAUAUAGAGUUUAUUGUCAGUGUGCAGUAUUGAUUUGGGACACAGCGUUUGAGUUUGGACACAUAUGUUACCCAGUGAGGACGGAGCAGCAUCUUGAGGCCAGAAGAGGAGCGUUUGAUUUCAAACACCAGCGUCAGUUUCAUCUCCACGUUUGUGGUCGGAGCUGUUUGAUCAUUCUGUCUAUAAAAUGUUUAUUUUUUAUUACAUGUGAUGUGAUUGAUUAUUGUGUGAAACA